AUGAAUAAUAGAAAUAUUAAAUUUGUUUUUUUAUUAUUACUUUUACUUAUGUUUUUUGUGAUUUUCAAUUCACCAAUAUCAAGAAAUAUUAAUAAUAAAUAUAAAUUUAAAGAAGAAAUUAUAGAAGAUGAUAAUAAUAAUAAUAAUAAAAAUGAAGAUAAUAAAAUAAAUAAUAAUGAUAAUGAAAAUAAUAAUAAUAAUAAAAAAGAUAAUUUUAUUAAAAAGAAUUUUUUUGGUAAUAAUUAUAUAAUAAAUAAACAAGGUAAAAAAAUUAAAAUUUCAGAUGAAAAAGUAUUAAAAGAAUAUCCAUUUCCAUUGAUUGAUUUGAAAACUCGUUAUAAUACUUAUUUCUUUGAACCAAUGACAUCAAUGUAUAAGAAAUUUCCAGAUGUUGGUAAAAGAGUUCAUUAUUGUAAAGAUUUGAAUAAUCCAAAUGGUGAUAAUGUUACAGUUACCUUUCAAUCAAUGUAUCCAUCACAUGAACCAACUUUACAAAUUUAUUUCAAUCAUUAUUUCGAUUUCCCACCUGAGGAGAUACCAUCAUCACCUCCAUCAUCAACAAUUCCAAGAGUUUUACAUUCAUUAGAACCACCCUAUCAAAGAUUUUGUACUAUUUAUGAACAUUGUUCAAAUAAAUUCAAUUGGUCAAUCUCUUAUGAACGUACUGCAGAUAUACGUACUGGUCAUUGUGAUGAUGAAGAAAUUUUUCAAAUUUUACCUUGGGAAUUGGAUACGUUUGUAAUGGAGAAUAAAACAAAAUUUGCAAGAGAAUUUAAUAAUAGAAAUAAAAAUUUAGAAAUUAAUAAUAUCAAUAGCAACAGUAGUAGUAAUGUGCAACAACAACAACAACAUCUUGAUCAUCAUCCAUUGGCAAGUUGGUUUUGUUCAAAAUGUAAUAUUCAUUUAAUUAGUAAUAGAUUCGAAUAUGUUAGAGAAAUGAUGAAGUAUAUUAAUAUUGAUUCCUAUGGUAGUUGUUUAAAUAAUGUCAAGCAAACUGAAAAAACUGGAAGAUUUGCAAGUGAUGCAAUGGAUGUUAAACAAUCUUUUAUUAGUAAUUAUAAAUUUUAUUUAGCAUUUGAAAGUUGUAAUUGUUUAGAUUAUACAACAGAAAAGGCAUUACAUGCAUUAAAGGUUGGUACAGUACCAGUGGUUAUGGCUCAUCCCCAAACUUUAAAAUACUUACCAGAGGGUUCAUUCAUUUACACUGGCGAUUUCAACUCUGUAAAGGAUUUAACAAACUAUUUAAAAUAUUUGGAUACAAACACUGAAGAAUAUUUAAAAUAUUUCAAUUGGCGUUUCAAUCAAUCAAUCAUUGAAAAAUGGAGAACUAUUAAUGAUUAUCCUUUUAGACCAAAUAGUAGAAAUUGGGUUUGUCCAUUAUUUCAUCAUUAUCAAAAUUGGAAAAAUGGUAAAAUUCAUUCUCAAACUUUGCAUUCAACUCCAUACAAUGAUUUAUGUUUACCACCAAAUAUAAUUAAAAUUUAA